AUGGCAACAGCUAAAAUACCUAUCCGUACAAAAGGUCAGACAACCUGUGUUCAUCACAAGGGGAGACAACUGGAAUUGUAUUGUGAAAAAUGUCAAGAACUGACAUGUUUAAAAUGCCUUUCCUCUGUUCAUAAAGGCCAUCUGGUUUGUGAGCUCAGUGAAAUCACUCCUCAGAAGAAACAAGACAUUAAAAACUUUAUUUACAGAACGGAACAAAAUGACCAGGUACAAAUUGGUAAAUACAUCACCUCUACUGAUACACUCCUUAGAGACAAUGACAGUACAUUUGAGAAACUGUCACAUCAGUUGAGGAUGCAAACAGACAUAUUAAAACAAGACCUCGACAUGCUCACAGCUGAGACACUCUCUCUUUAUCAGAAUAUGAAAGAGGACAAUUCAAAGCUGAUACAGAAAUACAAACAGGACCUGGAGUUGUACGACGAACAACUCAAACAACAAAUACAGGAAUGUAAGACAGCACUUCAGCAGGGUUCUGACUUAAACAUUUACGAUACAAGAUGUGAAAUAGAUUCCCAAAUACAUUUCCCUGUAAAACCUGUCCUGGGUAAUGUCAGCUUCACUCCAAACAAAAAUCCUCAAGGUCACCUAAAGCUUGCUUUAGGGAAAGUUAUCAUCUCAGGUCAAGGUCAAACAUCAACUGACCAGUAUCGGUCAGUCUCAACAUCAGAUGGUCAGGGACAGUCCUCUACACAACAACAAUCAGGAGAUAAAGGGAAGAAAGCAGUGACAGGGUAUAAACUACUGUCAGAGACCAAGGUGGUGGAGAAGUGGAAUUCUCCAUGUUACAUUAGAUCUAUAUGUCCCACCACUGAUGAUCAGGCCUGGACCAGUACCUACAGUAAAACAUUAACUCUCCUGGACAGGAAGGGUACAGUAAUACAGAAGGUCACACACAAGGCGCCGAUCAAUGACAUCAGUCUGUCACCAACAACACACAGACUGUGGGUCUGUGACAUAGAAAACAACAUCCUGGAGCUGGUAUCAGGACAACUAACACACAGAUUCAGAACCAAGGAGAAUCCCAGGUGUUUAUGUGUUACAGCCAGUAACCAUGUCAUUGUAGGCAUGCCCAAACACAUCUCUAAAUUUACCACACAAGGUCAGAUGGUGCUCACUACAAGGCUGUAG